UUUGUGGAGCCUGGAUCGGAUCGCGAUAAUGGUUUAGCCCGGUGGAGCGGCUUUAAUAACCCGUGAUGUCAUUAGCCGACUUGAGACACUCCAGCCUCAAGUUCGGCUCGGAGCUCCACGUCGUCGUAGCUCCAAACACCAUUGCAACCACCCCCUCUUCCAAAACACCAUAAUCUCCUCUUCCUCAGCCGCAAACAUGGCUUUCCGUGCUUCUUUCCGCCGCGUCGCCCUGGCUCGCCCUGCCGCGUCCCGCAGCUUCCACUCGACUCCCCGAGCGAUGGUCCAUGUUGGCCAGGCCAUCCCCAACCUGGAGGUGCUCGUCGAGGACUCGCCUGGCAACAAGGUCAACCUCGCUGAGGAGUUCAAGUCCAGCAAUGGGUACAUCGUUGGCGUGCCCGCUGCCUUCUCGGGCACUUGCUCGAGCCAGCAUGUCCCUUCGUACAUGAACCACCCUGGUCUCAAGAAGGCGGGCCAAGUAUUUGUCGUCUCGGUCAACGAUCCUUUUGUUAUGAAGGCGUGGAGCGAGCAGCUUGACCCCGCUAAGCAGACUGGCAUCCGAUUCCUCGGUGACCCCACCGGCGAGUUCACCAAGGCCCUGGACCUUGGCUUUGACGGCUCGGCCAUCUUUGGUGGCAUGCGAGGCAAGCGAUACGCCCUCAAGGUGGUGGACGGCAAGGUCCAGGAGGCCCAUGUUGAGCCCGAUGGCACUGGUUACACCGUUUCCUCGGCCGAGAAGGUCCUGGGUUAGGAUAAUGACCAGGAGUGCAGUGGAUGUAAAAUUACACUUUGACGAGGGUAGAAAAUAUGAUGAGAUGGAAAUAUUUCGUGGUUGAGUUUGGCGCCUACCAUGGCAAGUGAAGUCCCCGUCUCCCCGCUGAAGCACAGGAAGACGUGCAGUACGAAACUUGUAGUGUGGAACCAUGCCGACCCGUGCCCAUUAUAAACAGAAACAAGGCGCAUCGGCUUCCAGACAUGGUAGGCAAACAAUACCUAUCUAGGUAA